AUGCCGCCCAAACGGGCUCGCAGUCCUAGCUCCACACCCAUUCCGUCCACCGAAAUCUCCAACGAUGGUCCCCAGCUGCCGGCCACCGAUCUGGCUGCCAUGUCAAGAGUCCUCAAUGCCAUCUACGACUAUCGCACAGAGGAUGGCUUCGAUCCGUCCAAACUCUUCCACAAGAAGAUCAAUAAGCGGAUCCUUCCGGACUACUAUGAGACAAUCAAGGAGCCAAUAGCAAUGUCAACGAUCAAAGCAAAGAUUCACCAAAAGGCAUACCGAAGCUGGAGCGAGUUCGUGCGCGACUUUGCGCUGAUUCCUCACAAUGCGCAAAUAUACAAUGUCCCAGACAGUGGUGCAUUCCAAGAUGCGCUGGUUAUCAAGGAGCAAUUGGAGAAGCAGUUGCAGCUGUUGGUCAAGGAUGGUGUAAUCACACAGGAUGUCGCGACUUUACCCGAUCUCGGCGAGAUCCCCACCUACGAGCCACCGACGAUGCUAGAGGCAGAACAGGAAGCCGAGGCGGAAGACGAGGAAGAGUCGGACGAUGAGGGAGAAGAGGAUGACGACGAUGAUGGUGAUGAGGAUGAGGAUGGAAAGAAGAAGAAGCGACGAGGUCCGCGAGCGUCCACUUCGAUCGCAAAGCGAGAGACUGCAGACGAGGCACAUGGGAAGCGCGCUCGAGGUAGACCACCGAAGCUGCUCACUCCCAUGGAGGCUCGCAUGCAAGUCAUUCUGAAAGGCAUUCGGAAGCCAAGGAACAGCAAGAGCCAGCUUAUGAUAAGAUCAUUCGAUCGUCUCCCAGACAAGGCUGCCAUGCCUGAUUACUACACCGAGAUCAAACAGCCCAUGGCAUACGACCAACUCAAAAGGAAGGUGAAGAGGAAGAAGUACAAGACCUUGGAGGAGUUCAUGGCCGAUGUCAAUCUCAUGUUCAACAAUGCAAAGGCGUACAACCAGGACGAAUCGCAAAUCUUCAAGGAUGCUGUUGCUUUGCAAGUCGAAGCUGGGCGAUUAUAUGACGAGGAGAAGGCGAAGCCAGAUGACUCGUUUGCCGAUGACGAGGGAAAGGUUCCGAUGCCGAAUGGAAUAUUGCACAAUGGCGAGCUCUACAAAGUUGGAGACUGGGUCCACGUUCAAAACCCCAACGACUUGACGAAGCCCAUCCCGGCGCAGAUCUAUCGUACCUACAAAGUGCAAGAUGGUCAGAACAUGGUCAAUGUGUGCUGGUACUAUCGACCAGAGCAGACUGUGCACCGAUUCGACAAGCACUUCUUCUCGAAUGAAGUCGUCAAGACCGGCAGAUAUCGAGAUCACAGAAUUGACGAGGUUGAAGGAAAGUGCUUUAUCAUGUUCUACACGCGAUACUUCAAGGGCCGACCGAGAAACAUGCCUGCAGGCACCGAGAUCUAUGUCUGCCAGUCUCGUUACAACGAAACAGCACAUCAACUCAACACCAUCAAAACGUGGGCGAGUUGUCUUCCGGACGAAGUGCGCGACAAAGACUACGAGAUGGAUCUGUUCGACCAUCCUCGCAAGAUGAAGAAGUUCCCCUCUCCACUACAGUACAUGCUCAAGGACGACCAGAAGGAGACGGACGAGCUGCCACAGCCGCAGUGGGGAGCGGACCGCGCCCCGCCAAAAGUUGGUGCUGUCCACCGAAGACCCCGCACUGAAAAAGAUUCUCCGCCCCCUGAGCCCACCCCUCCGCCACCACCGAAAAUGCCGACACCACCUCCGCGACCGAUGGCGACACCGCAGACAUACCAACCAGCUGCGGCGCACCAACAGCAGCCUCUUCAGCGAGCUCCGUCCGCCAGUGGAAUGCCUUCAUACACCCCUACGCGACCGCAGCAGCAGUACGGCCAAGCUGCUCCGACACCCAUACCGCCGCGGCCACUCUCGAAUUCUCAGCCAAGCUAUCCUCCGACACCACAACAACACCACCAAAUGCCGCCGCGUCCUGUGCACCCUCAGCAGAAUUCGUACGCGCCUUCAAAAAGCCAGACCGCACCACAGCACCCGGCAGCAUAUGCUCCUCGCCCACCGACAGCAAAUUACCGCGACCCGCCACCGAUCGAAGUCUACACUCUUCCGGAUGCCGCAAACUUGUCCAUCCCUCCAGACGUUCGCGAGCAAUACCAGCGUGACGAGUCUGGUCGGGUGCUGUUCUUCACCACACCUCCGGAGCUGAUAUCGAAGAAACGCAAGCAGCGGGAAGAGGAGAAGGACAAGGCUGAUAAAGUGGCAAAGAAAGCUCGUCUCGAGGGAGCGAAGCAAGUCAUGUCAGAUGUUGAAGCUAUGAAGAUCAAGGCUCUCGCGGUUCUCGAUCGACAACUUGCUAGUUCUGUGGCGGGCGACUUGGGUGAUGCUGAUCUUGCUCAGCUGAGUGCGAAGCAGAAGGCCGUUGUGGAGGCUAAGCGGCAGAGGGAGGAGAAUGAUCGACGGCGGCAGGCGAUGAGGAGUAUCCGGUUGGGUAGCGAUUUUUUUGCGGAUGAUUGGGAUUCGAGGCUGGUGCAGUGAAAACUCACAUGAUGAUGAGAUAUCGGUGUCGAUACCGUAGCAGAUGAUAGGUCUCGAAGAUGAUAUGCGAAGGGCGUGAUCAUACCGCAGCAACAGCAAUUUGCUGGAAUUGCCAUACCGAAUUAGAUCUGCAUCACCUGUCUGCUUAUGAUAGCAAGAAUGUCCAUAGCUACCACAGUACCUCCUGUAGCAGCAACCACAAAUGUUCUCCU